GAAAGAACGCCUGAUGCGACGGAGAGCGAUUUUGUCUUCCUCUCCUCCUCCUCCUCCGUUCGAGCGACCGAUCCUGGAUCGAAGUCCUUUGAUAUGGUUCAUCUGCAGCCAGACCCAUUUCUGAAUGAGCUUACAAGCAUGUAUGAGCGGAGCAAAGAGAAGGGCUCUGUCUGGGUCACCCUCAAGUGUUCAUUUAUGAAAAGCAAGGGAAAGCAUAAGAAAAUGGAGACUGAAGGGUACAGAUUCCUUAUUCGUGCUACUGAUGGCAAAAAAACCAUCACCACUUCGCUCUCUGCGAAGGAUCACGAGAAAUUCCAAACUUCUUAUGCAACGGUCUUAAAAGCUCAUAUGAAUGCAUUGAAGAAGAGGGAAAUAAGGGACAAGAAAAGGACUGCUGAGGUCGAACAGAAGCCAGGAUCAUGAAAGAAGCCGGUAUCGCCAAAGAAGCCAAAACCUGCAAAACCCCCACUUUGAGCCACACUUCUCAUUCUUCUGUUAUUCUUCUGUUAGUUUUGAUUGACAGCAGACCUUACCUGUUUGAAAUCCUUGUAUUUUUUACUGGAUGAAAAUCUCAGAAAUGCUCAUUAAUUGGAUUUUCUUGCUGUUUUGCAUCGACAUAUGAAGUAAACUGCGAAUAUUGGAUUUU